CGUGCACGCCGCUAACGCCGUCCGCGACCAUUCGCUGGCCGCCCUCUGCCGCGAUAGUGUGUACGAUUCUCGAAUACGGGCGCACCAAACAUUCCUCGCGUUCGGGCAAACUUCAUAAAAACACAUUUUUAUUGCAACAACAAAUGGGCAUCGAUAGUGUAAACGAUUGAACGUAAACUCGUGAUAAUGCACAGUGUUCUUUGAGUUUGUUUGCUUAAUAGUUUGGAACAUUACGUACCGUACAGUUCCGCUCGGCGAAAGGACAGCCGGUGACAGUUGUGUUGUGCGAGUUUUUCUCGAGGGAGUUUCUUGUGCUUUCGCGUCGGAGGCCGUAGUGCUACACCGGCCCCGACAUGGAGGUUUAUUUCGACAUCUCCAAUGAUCUGAAGGACGUCUGGGAGGCGGACAUCGACCCGGAGAUGCACGAUAUCUUGGAUGAAGAUGAAAGGUCCGACUGGCUGAUCGAACGUGACUCCAAAUCCGGCGUGGUGCUACACGAUAGAUUAAUGACAGAUGCGGCCCUAGGCGCUGCUGCACCCAUCAAAACAGAACACUCGUAUAGUCUACACUCCGAUGUCGAAUCAGCGCCACCCUCGCCGCAUCAUACCAAAGUUGAUGAUAUGGAAGACGAAUGCUACCCAGCGAUGCCGGCCAGCGCCUGGAGUAGUCGGCGACGGUCCAGUGAAUCGCCGCCCCGGGAAGUGAAGUCGGAGCCUAAAUCUGAACCGGAGUCCCCGACAAGCUCCUGUCCCCCUUCACCGACACCUGGCACACCGCUCACACAUCUUGACUAUGUUAUUGAUCAUACGACCGGAACUAUUCACAUGCCACAAGCAGUGCUACAGAAGGUCGGAGCGGCCGGGGUGCCACAGUUGCUACUCAGCGCAGCACCGCGACUCGCCACAUCGCUCAACUCAAAUAAACUCUCCAUUAAAGUCACAUCCAGCUCGGGUGCUUCAGGUUUCAAUUUGCCCCCGACUCCGCCGUCGUCCCUCUCGUCGUCGGACAGCGAGGGGGCGUUGUCCCCCGCGCACGAGGCCGCGCCGCCCCCCGCGCCCCCGGCCCCCUCGCGCCGCCCGCACCUCUACGUGUCACACCACACGAGGCAGCCCAUCAACACGCCACUCAUCAGCAGUCAGCCGAAAGGUUCAACGGGAACCUUGGUGUUGACUGAUGAAGAAAAACGCACUCUGUUAGCGGAAGGUUACCCGGUGCCUACACGCCUACCUCUCACCAAGGCCGAGGAGAAAUCCCUCAAGAAAAUCAGGAGGAAAAUUAAAAACAAGAUAUCCGCACAAGAAAGCAGACGCAAGAAGAAAGAGUACAUGGACCAACUCGAGAGGAAGGUCGAGAUCCUGAUAUCGGAGAAUGAUGACUACAGAAAGAGAGUCGAGACUUUAGAACAGAAGAACGCCAGUCUCCUCAGCCAAGUAGCCUCUCUGCAAGCCAUGGUGGCGAGGGGCGCUCGGAAGUGACGUCACCACGGAAUAAUACAGUGACGUCAUACCGCUGUACGGUGCCGAGCUCAGUAACGAUAUCUUUAAAUAUACCUAAAAUAUUAUUAGCUCGAGCUCGACCAUUUGAAUAUCGACGUCACCAGAUAUCAGAAUGUUUCAGAUUUUGACAAAGUUGGAUAUCAUUUUAUAAUUAGAAAUUUAGUUAUUUAUUAAACACUGAAUUUUACAAAGUAAAAGAAUAUCGCAGUAAUUAUAGUGAAAAUAUUAAUAAUAAUAUAAGAUAAUGUCCAAUUAUGUUGAACGGUUUGCUCACAGAACAUUAGAACAUUGUCUAUACCUGACAGUAUUAUUGCCUGUCCGGGUUAAUCUGGGAGCAAACUAAAGAACUAUCAACCGGACUGUCCGGGACUCUGGUCUCGCGGUUACAGAUAUCUUUGUCGAUAACGUUGUCCCUUUCUGAAUGCGUACGAAGCGACGUAUUAAUGUAUAUUUUGGAUAUAUUUACAUUCAGUGUCGGGCGGACCGUAGGGGAGGAAAGCAUUGAAAUGGUUGCUCACUAUACAUGUUAAAAUAGGUAUUCUGUGGUGCUGGUUCCCUUAUACCAACAAAUCCAUUCAUCGGUAUACCAUCAGUCAAGUGCCACACUAGGUGUUUAUUCUACGGAGACGUUGUAACGAUGCCUCGUCAACAGGGCUUUUAGAUUAUAAGUAUAGAUAAAAAACGUGUUGUUUGAAAUCUCGUAAAAUAUAUUUUUAAAUGCGAUAAAUUUUAAGUUUUAUUUACAUUACGCGUGUUUUCAUUGAAGCGUCGUUUUUUUUUUUUAAGUUUUAUUUGUUACCGAGUGCGUUGGUCGCGACCGCGUGCGCUACAGUUGACCCGAGUUUAUCGACUACCGGCCUAAACAGACAUCGAUAAAUCGGACGUGAGUAGGCACGUCACUAAUACACUACUUAAUUGAAUUUAGUUAAGGAACACGCCGUAUCCCCGACUGGUGUGUGAAAUGAACCUUCGCGUUAUCUUGAUACGGUUUCGUGUAUCGGGAAUCUUUUAGCAUAAUAAAUGUAAGGCGCAUAUUAAGUCUUACCGGUUAUUAUUGAAUUCCAUGAAUUUGCAUUUAAAUCGAAAUGUGUAUCGUCCUAGAGAUUUUACCUUGUAUUUAAGAUAAAGUUAGUUUUACGUUGUCGCGUUGGGGACCUGUGGCUUAGACGAUGAUGUGUCAAGUGUUCUCGGUAAUGUCUAGUCUCUCGUGGAGCCGUAUCGGGUCUCGUUCAGCGGAUUAGCUGUAAUCAGUUCGGUUGGACUAUGUGGAUCGACAAGUACAAAGAAAUGGCAUGCCUUGACAGUGCUUUCAAACGACUCGCUCUAACGAUUUUAAUGUAGGUACACAUCGGAGAGAUAUUUUAUAAACUUUUACGGGAUUUAGCGAAAACGAAUAUAUUUAUCGCGAUACGAUCGCCGACUACUACAAGAAAAAACAAAACUCACACUAGUGAGUUUUGUUUUUUCUUUCCGUCUUCUGAAUACGAAAUAACGUUGAAUAAAUCUGCAAAAUAAUCACGCUGUAUAAAUAAAUAACGUUAAAUAAUGCGGGCAUUCAUUAACAUAAACAGAGAAUCUCCAAUCAGAACUAUUAUUGUACUUUUAGUUCUGAUCUUGCCAAUAACAAAGAUAAAUUUACAAUUUCGAUUUCGGAUAUCGAUUUUUAAAUUAAAAUAUCGAUAACGUUUUCGCGGUCUACAAUGAUUAUCGUUUAUUCGCUCACACCGAGCGCCCCUCAACUCUAACAUUCAUAUUACGAUACUAAACAUUCCAUUUCUUUUAAGUAAUACGUGUGACUUAAAAAUGUGCUCCAGUACUUAGUACUUACCGGUCUAAUUUUAAAAUUUCUGUCACAUAACUAAUUUGGCUUAGAGUGACCACGUGACCACCGUUUUUUAAUAAAAAAAAUCUUUUAUAUACGCAGUAAAACCAAUAAAUUAUUCCAAUUUCAUAAAGAUCGUUUCCUUUUUUAUUGCCUGAAUGUGGUCACUCGAUAUAUUUAUACAUAUUUACAGGAAUGCAAGGUGAUAUUUUAAUCGAUAAUACUAUUUGCUGUCAGUUAGACAUUUUAAUUCGAUUAACACAGCGCCUUGCACUAUUUAGACCGAUCUUCUCUAAAAAAAGAUUAUAUUUAAUUUUCUUGUUAUAGAGCUGCUAAAUAUCGCUAGUAUAAUUAUUAUUAUAUCUAGAAAAAAAGGUUUUUUAGAUUAAUUUAUAAAAAAUAUAUAUAUAGAAUAUAUAGAAUCAAUUAUAAAUCGAAAUGUGUAUCUUCAAACGUGAAAUCAAAACAUUAUUUCGUAAUAUUAACUGUUUGUGCAAUUACAAUGUUCUCUUUAUACAUUUAUAAAUGUUCUUCCUAUUUAGAUAUUUAAGAAGAUGUUAUAUUUACAUACAUAGCGCUGAAACUAUUCAUAUUUCGAAAUAUAUUAAUUGUGUCCGGCUGGGACCGUUUGAUAGAAUUGAGAUAUAUUUUAAGAGAUUUUUUCUAAUGAAUUUUUAAGAAAAUUAAAUAUUAUAUACGGAACACUGUUUAAGUGUCUUUAUCGAUAUACAAGUUAGGUCUCUAGUUUAGUUUAAGAAUCUUUGUGUCGAGAAAGUUAAUGGUAGAAGAGCGUGCCUGCUAUCAGCUAUCGAUUUUACCAAUUUUAAUAAUAAGUGUUAAGAAUAUCAAAUGACGACGUUUAAGCCCGGGCGCAUAUUGUUCACCCGUGCCCGUCUGGCACGCUUCUUCGUCUACAACGCAAACGUUGGAAGAUGAUGACACUUCCGGCAGUCUGCGGGGUCUAGUACAAAAUGUAUGCGCCAAGUGCCUUCCGGAAACUUGCCGGACCAACACUGACGUACAACAUGCGUCCGAGAUACAAGCAUCCUUUACUGUGUAGAGAGAAACUUACGUUAAAGUAUUUAAAGAAAUAUAUAUAUGUUAAAAAGAAUAUUAUCAAUUCCUACUAUGGCAUUUACCGUCUACGAAUGAGUGAUUAAAAUGAAAAACGACUUAUUUAAAUUAAACUAAAUUAGGUUGAUAUAUAUAUAUGUUUAACUUAUGGAAAUUAAUAUAUGUGGUUAAUGAUGUGUCGUGUAAACAAAAUGCCAAACAUACUUUGUCGUGUUGUACGCACCGCGCAUAUAUCGGGUGACAUUGUAAGAUUCAUUCGAGAUUUGAAAGAAAAGAAAUUCGAUUAAUGAAAGCUAUUUAAUAAAUACAUAAAUAAAUAAAACUAUACGACAGAAUCUCGAAUGAAUUAUUUAAAUUCGGGAGUCCGAGAUCGGCCCUCGCUAAUCGUGUUAUGCGUUAUUAAAGUAUAUUAUUCUAAUAGUUUUACGUUUGUUAAAACUAUACUCUGUUACCUUGAGUCAUGAUUUGUUAAUCGUUUGUUUUAUUAUUAUUUUUUCCAAUGACAUUGUCGAUUUUACUGUCACCCUUGAGCUAAUAAAGCGUCAAAUAUUCUAAA